AUGACUCAAUCUGUGUCGGAUUCCACGCUAUCACCAACGCCACUCAGUCCUUUCUCGUCAUAUUCCGUCGCCAGCGGCGUUACUUCUGACGAUGCACCUGACCUCGGUGCCUUCACGACUGUAUUCCGAGCAUUGAAUGUUCUACAACCGCGUACCGGCCCCAUUAACGUCCGCCAUGGAACGCCCGUUGCACCCUCACUCGCCUUCUCACCUUCGCUUUCGGACUCUGAAGCACCAGUUAGCUCCACCGUGUGGCCAUCACAUCCGAUCUCAUCAUACCUGUCGUAUUCAUCACCGGACAGUGUCUCUCGCGGGCGUUCGCUUCCGCCAUCAGAGAGCGAUUCGACUGCCUCUGAGGCCGACAAAUAUGAAUCACUGGAGCUGGAGGCUGACUUUUCGUCCUCAAUCGAUCAGCCGUCACUCGGCUACCUCGACGAGGCGCUCGACUUUAUCGCCGCAGAACGUGCGAGAUUCGUGGCACAGCGUGAUCGGACUCUCCGCGAGAAUGUCAGUCCGGCGACGACUACCACGACGUCGGAUAGUGUCUGGAGACACGUCAUCCAGCCGCGGCGCAAGCGUCGAAAGAAGAAGGGUCGUUCUGUCCAUGAUGUUUCUCGCGUACGCGUGCCCGAUCGUGACCUGGACCUGACUGGGGCGAUAGCGGGCGAUGCCACUGCAGGCGAAGAUGCCGACGCGGACGAGCCGUACGAAUACUCAUCGUCAUCCAUUCAGUCUUCUUCCCCUCGCGUCUUAAUGAGAGACGGCAGGUCUCGAAUGCGUAAUCUGUAUAAAGCAUACCUGCAGCAUCCGGGGGUGGAGGACAACAAGCCACGUCUGCAUCACAGCAAAUCGACACCUAACUUGAUACCCUCUGUAUCGAUACCCCUAGACGCGCGUGUCCUGCACCUGCGCAAUCUUGCACACAAGCUGCGGCUUUUGUUCCCACAGGAUGCUGUCUCAUUGCACCGAACGAUGCUCGCUCCGGGAGGCGUCAUUACCGCCUCUCCUGACUUCGUCGACACACGCGGACCGGAGCCGUGCUCACGCGAUAUCCUCAUUCACGUAUUUGUUGACCAUUCAAACAUUCUUAUUGGAUUUCUAUCUUACAUCCGCCGGCACAUGUCCUAUCUCGGUCGCCACCGGCCUAAACUUCUCUCGCAUGCAGCGCUGGCGCUCAUCCUUGAGCGCGGCCGCCCCGUCACACGUCGUGUGAUGGUCGCAUCGUCGCCUUUAUACCAGCCUGUCAGCACCGCCGAGCAGCUCGGCUACGAGGUGCGCGUCUUUGCACGGGUACCCGACACAGGUGACGGUGCGGAUCGGCGGCAUUUAUAUACUCACUCACGUUCGCAUUCCUACGUGAAUGCCGAGCGGCAUAGCCCUGGUCUGACGACCGGGAACGGACGCGGGGACGGGCAUAUACGCAACAAUUCUAAACGGAGCUCAUAUGUUGGGAACGGGACGUCAACCGAGUCCGAUACGGGAACGGGAACGGGAACGGGCCAAGGAACUCCGAGUCGAACUCGUUACCGCGAGCAGGGCGUCGACGAGCUGCUACAGCUGAAGCUGCACCAAGCCAUUGUGGACGUGGACGUCGUUCCGCCGAAUGCGACAAUCGUGCUCGCGACAGGUGACGGCAAUGUAGGCCAGUUUAACGAAGAGGGGUUCUUGGGAUGCGUACGCACCGCGCUGAAGAAGGGGUGGCGCGUCGAACUGUAUGCUUGGGAGGGUGGCCUGAGCCGCGCAUGGAUGCGCGAGUUCGGCGAUUCUCCAUGGAGCGAGAAGUUCCAAAUCCAUAUGCUGGAUCGGUUCGCUUCUGAUCUGCUGGAGGUAUGGGUUGAGUGA